AUGGGCUUUGGUAAGAAAUUUAUCAAAGCCAUUGAAAUAAUAUACCAUGAACCUACUGCAAAGGUGAUGGCUGCUUUCAUCCGUGAUGUUAUGAUGCCCGGAGAGUGGGAUGUGUGUGUGACCUCCUAUGAAAUGGUCAUUAAAGAAAAGUCGGUUUUCAAAAAAUUUAACUGGAGGUAUCUGGUGAUAGAUGAAGCUCAUCGGAUAAAAAAUGAAAAAUCCAAGCUAUCAGAGAUUGUCCGUGAAUUCAAGACAACGAAUCGCUUGCUCUUAACAGGAACCCCUUUACAGAAUAAUCUUCAUGAACUGUGGGCACUGCUCAAUUUCCUUUUACCAGAUGUCUUUAAUUCUGCAGAGGACUUUGACUCGUGGUUUGAUACUAAAAAUUGUCUUGGUGAUCAAAAACUCGUGGAAAGACUUCAUGCUGUUUUGAAGCCGUUUCUGCUACGGCGCAUAAAAGCUGAAGUGGAAAAAAGCUUGCCUCCUAAAAAAGAAGUAAAAAUUUAUCUGGGCCUCAGCAAAAUGCAGAGGGAAUGGUAUACCAAGAUCCUGAUGAAAGAUAUCGAUAUCUUAAAUUCAGCUGGCAAAAUGGACAAGAUGCGGUUGUUGAACAUUCUGAUGCAGCUGAGGAAAUGUUGUAAUCACCCGUACCUGUUCGAUGGUGCUGAACCAGGCCCUCCUUAUACCACUGAUACUCAUUUAGUGACCAAUAGUGGCAAAAUGGUUGCCCUGGACAAAUUACUAUCGAAACUCAAAGAACAGGGUUCCAGAGUUCUUGUUUUUAGCCAAAUGACUCGCUUACUGGAUAUUUUGGAAGACUACUGCAUGUGGCGAGGUUAUGAAUAUUGUCGCCUGGAUGGGCAAACACCGCAUGAGGAGAGAGAGGAAGCAAUAGAUACCUUUAAUGCUCCAAACAGUAGGAAGUUUGUUUUUAUGUUGAGUACAAGAGCUGGAGGCCUGGGGAUUAAUUUAGCAACAGCUGAUGUUGUGAUCCUCUAUGAUUCAGACUGGAACCCACAAGUUGAUCUGCAAGCGAUGGAUCGUGCUCAUCGGAUUGGUCAAAAAAAGGCCGUGCGGGUAUUUCGGCUUAUCACUGACAACACUGUUGAAGAGAGAAUAGUAGAAAGAGCCGAGAUAAAACUGAGGCUGGAUUCAAUUGUUAUUCAGCAAGGAAGGCUUAUCGAUCAGCAGUCUAACAAACUAGCAAAAGAUGAAAUGUUGCAAAUGAUCCGUCACGGAGCAACACAUGUCUUUGCUUCCAAAGACAGUGAACUGACUGAUGAAGACAUUACUACUAUUUUAGAAAGAGGUGAAAAAAAGACAGCUGAAAUGAAUGAACGUUUGCAAAAAAUGGGUGAAAGCUCUCUUCGGAACUUCACAAUGGACACUGAAAUGAGUUUGUACAAUUUUGAAGGGGAAGAUUAUAGAGGGAAACAAAAGCUGAGCAUGAUGGAAUGGAUCGAGCCUCCAAAACGAGAACGCAAAGCCAACUACGCGGUGGAUGCCUAUUUUAGGGAAGCUCUCCGUGUCAGUGAGCCUAAAAUCCCAAAGGCUCCGCGACCGCCCAAGCAGCCAAAUAUUCAAGAUUUCCAAUUCUUUCCACCGCGGUUAUUUGAACUUCUUGAAAAAGAAAUCCUCUAUUAUCGGAAGACAAUAGGCUAUAAGGUCCCCAGGAAUCCUGACCUUCCGAAUGCAGCUCAGGUGCAGAAGGAGGAACAGCGGAAGAUUGAUGAAUCGGCUCCUCUUUCUGCCGAAGAGGCCGAAGAGAAAGAACGGCUGCUCACCCAGGGUUUUACAAACUGGAACAAAAGAGACUUCAAUCAGUUUAUUAAAGCUAAUGAAAAAUAUGGCCGUGACGAUAUAGAUGAUAUUGCCCGUGAGGUGGAAGGAAAGUCACCUGAGGAAGUUAUCGAGUAUUCAGCUGUAUUUUGGGAACGUUGCAAUGAACUCCAGGACAUUGAGAGGAUCAUGGCUCAGAUUGAAAGAGGAGAAGCCAGAAUACAGAGGAGGAUUAGCAUCAAAAAAGCACUGGAUGUCAAAAUUGCAAGGUAUAAAGCCCCUUUCCAUCAGCUGCGAAUUCAGUACGGAACCAACAAAGGCAAAAAUUACACAGAAGAGGAAGAUCGGUUCUUGAUAUGCAUGUUGCAUAAAAUGGGAUUCGAUAAAGAGAACGUUUAUGAAGAGCUAAGGCAGUGUGUGCGCAACGCACCCCAGUUCCGAUUUGAUUGGUUUAUUAAGUCCAGAACUGCCAUGGAACUCCAGAGACGGUGUAAUACACUCAUAUCACUCAUUGAAAAGGAAAAUAUGGAAAUUGAGGAAAAAGAGAAAGCUGAAAAGAAGAAGCGAGGAACCAAGACACCAGUGUCUCAAAAAAGAAAAGCCGAAGCUGCUACAGAAAACUCCGGAAAAAAAGAUGCCAAGAAAGCAAAGACGUAAAACAGAGAAACAGUCUCCAACUGGAAAAAAAUAUAUAUUUUCCUCUCUAACCCAUGUUUUUGAUGCUGUCUGUGUAUUCCUAGUACUGUCCCCCUCAAUUCCUCGUGGUUUUAAUUUUUUGCAAAUCUGUAUUUUUUACAAUGCCUUCCUUUACCUAUUGAGUAGUUUAAUAUUUUAUGCAUUCCAAUAUUUUUGUGCACUUGUACUUUGUGAUAUUUCUCAUGUCUUCAGCAAAAUUUACUCGGUCCUUGUUCCUCUAAAGAUUGUGCUGAGUUUUUUUAGCUUUCAUGUUUUAUAUGCUGCUGCUUUCACACGAACGAACUUCCCCAUUGAUUCUAUAGUUGUAUUAUUGUUUGCUACUUUAUAUAAUUGUGGAGAACUAAAUGGAAUUAAAAUAGCCUGAGGUGAAAGACACAUUUAAUGUUGUCUGCUCAUUUUCAAUUCUUUUUCAGCUACAGCUUUUGAUAUUUUAAAAGAGCAGUUAAAGAAUUGUCUGCAAGGAUAUCAAAAAAAUUUAAUUUUU